AUGUCUACAAAAUAUACUGAUACCAUUGACAGUGAUUUCAAAGGAGAAGAUACUUUUGAGAAGUAUAUUCCGUUUUGGAGAAAAACAGAUCUUGACAAUGCCACAAACAGAUAUCUGCUAAUUAUGAUGAGGUUCUUUUAGGCUGUAUAUAUGACAUAAAACAUGGUUCAUCCAGAUGAGUAUUGGUAGUCUAUAGAGGUAGCUUACGAUCAUGUUUAUGGAGGGGUAGAACUACCAUGGGAGUGGCAUCCAAAAUAUAGGCUGAGAAGCACACUUUAUCCUUACUAUUUGAUUUCCUUUCUUAGUCUUAUUAAGUUCCUAUAAAUUGACUAUGCAAUUGUAGUCAGAUUAUACCCUUAUGUUGCACAUUCACUACUUGUUAUCCUAAGUGACCAAUACCUGUGGAAAGUAGGAUUGAAGACGGUAGGUAGAAAUGCCACUCGUAUCGGCUUUAUCUUCUAUGUAACAAAUCGCGUAUAUAAUGAGGUUAUUAUCAGAUGCUUUGGCAACAGUGUAGAAGCAAUAUCCUACAUUAUAGCAUUUAAUUACUUCUUGGAUGUCAAGGAUAAGUUCAACAAAACUACAGCUAUUAUGACUGCGCUUAUUUCUUUAUCGUUUAUGAUAAGGAGUACAUCUCCAAUAGGAUGGAUACCUCUUUUAUUGCUAAAGAUAGUCCAGGAUAAAUCAUUUUUUGCAUUUCUAAAAGCAGGAUUUUUUAUUGCAAUCCCUCUAGUAACUUUUUGCAUUUACUUAGAUACCACAUUUUAUGGUGAAUUUACAGUGACCGGAUACAAUUUCUUGAAGGUUAAUAUUUUGGAGGGAGUCAGCAGAUACUUUGGUACUGAGCCUCCUUACUAUUAUGUUUUUGUAUUCUUACCAUUGUAUUUUACCUCAGCAUAUCCCUCACUUAUCUACGCAAUCUACAACUACUACAAAGAAUGUAGCCAGAAAAAAUAAACUCCCUAUAUGGUAUAUAUGACACUUUUCUAUGUUCUGAUAUUUUCUCUUAUUGCUCACAAGGAAUAUAGAUUCAUGUAACCGAUUAUUCCCUUCUGCUUCUUGAUGCUUGGCUAUCUAUACGCAAAUAGUGUGAAAAACUAUGGAAAAAUUGUGAGAACUUUGCUCUGGCUUCACAUUAUUGAAUAACUUGUUACCUACGUAAUUAUCCACAACUUCCACUUCCGCCAGUGGGAGACAAUGCGCGAUCUUGCAGAUAUGGAGGAGGCUCCUCACUCUAUCUUUUCUAUGCAGAAAGCUGACUUGCCCUACUACUCGUGGACCCACCGUAAAUCCUACGGAGAAGGCAAAAACAGAACAGAACUGAUUCUGUAUAAGAAGGAUCCCCCUGCUGCUAGAAUGCUAAGUGGAGUGCCAUAUUAAGUCUUACACGAUCAUGAUUACAAUGGAUGUUUACAGAUGAUAGAUGAUAUAGAAUAAGGCAUUGUCCGUCCUCAAUACAUCAUAACUUUUGAAUUUUUGUGCAGUAAUAACUUCUAUUGCUGGUAGGUUUGCUAGAAAAAGUUUGAUUCCCUUGGUUAUUACACCUUAUACAAGAGUUAUAAGCCUCACAUGGAUGUUGUUCACAGUAGACUUACUAUUUAUUGGAGAACUAGAUACUUGUAUAAGUUGAAGGAUGAAUAUGAACCUUAUGGAAUUAAGGGACCUAAAUCACAUCUUAAAAACCAAUAAUGA